UGUUAUAUUAACACGAACAACAUGUCAUCUGAUGGUAGCAGCUGCGGAGCAAAAAGAUUUAAAUUUAAAUUUUGAACAAUCAAUAGCUGCUGUUUUUAACAAGGUUGCAUAUGGUUCAUCGACAACAAAACGUUCGAUACCCGAUAAUUGGUCAUUACCACAUUUUUCAACAAUUGCAACACCAAUAUUAACCACUUACCAAUAUCGUGAUGGCGGUAAUAACGAGUGGUUACGUGUUGAUGAAGUAAUACCAACAUUUAAUGAAAAAAUCGGUCCGAAACGUAACAAAGAGGAGGAUGACGAUGGAGAUAUCGUUAAAGAACGGCGACAUCAACAUAAAUCACAUCAUCAUAAUCCUGAUUUGAUUUCAUACGAACAUGAUUUGGAAAAAGAUCAUGUCCUUCCAACAUCCGCUCCGAAUGCGGAUAUCUUGAAAGGGAAUACAAAUAAACAUUACAGUAAUCCAAAUCGUUAUGCAAAUGAUCGUGCAAAACAUAAUUUACAAGUCUAUGGACAUGGAGAUAUUGAUCGUAUACGUGAUACGGGAACAAUACGAACAUACCCGGAAACUCGACGUCCAAGUAGUCUCCUAGAAACAGACUCCGGAAAAAUUGCAUCAACUCAAAGUAGUUAUAAUUUAUUACGUAAUAUUAAUCCAACACCACCGAUGCAUCGUGGUGGUGGGGUUGGUAUUGGGGGUGAUUUCCCCAGUUAUUCUCCACCAACUCGAUCACAUUUCACACCUCCAUUGCCACCGGAAUAUGGUAAUCCAUUUGCGGAUAAACCUACUUUGAAAGGUACAAAUUCGGGUACAAAUAAUUAUCAAAAUCGUCGUCCAAUACCUCCACCAAGUAUAAUGCCGAGACAAGAACGAAUUCCUUUUCGUCCCGACUUACCACAAAUUGGUUUAACAUCACCGGCACAUAAUAAAACAAACGGUGGGAAAGUAGGGGAAAGUUUGGAAACACGUAAAAUGUAUAAUAAUUCGGGUGAUGGAAAAAAGAAAGUUUUAAAUACGCCAAGUUUAAAUACCGAUAAAUUUGGGGAGUUUUUACCGCCGCACACCCCGAUUAAUGAGUCACAAUUUGAGUAUGAUCAAAAAUCGAUGAUACCAAGUAUUAGUCGUAUUUUAUCUGGGUCAAAUGGACGUAAAGAUCCGAUAUCUGACGUACUUUUACGAACAGUAACGGAAAAAACAAAUUACCAUAAUGUAGUAACACGAUAUCCACCAACACAAUCUCAAUCGCAUGAAACGACAAAAAAGUUACAUGAAAAUACUUCCAAGCCAAAAUUUGUCGAAGAUAUAAUUGAUGAGGAAAUAACUUUCAAAGGCGAUGACGUCGUACAAUCCUCACACAUCGAUAAUCAACAUCCAACAAGUACGGUUAUAUCGAACCCAGACCCCGAGGAUGAAACGACAAUUAAUAUCGAAAACGAGUACCAAAAUUUACCGAAUAUCAAUCGAAAUAAAAAUAAUUUUCAAAUCUAUUCGACAAAAACGACGUAUUUUAACGCAACUAACCGAGAUAAUUUUUAUACGUGGCAUGUAAGCUGGAAUUUACAUGUAUACUUAACCGCCAUCUUGUAUACACUUUUGGCGGUAUAUUCAAUUUAUAAAAUAAUCCGUUUCGAUAAAUUAACACACUUAUUCAACCAAGGCUAUUUUAUUGUUGUACAUCUAUUGUUAACAACAAUAUGUGUAUCUCGAAUAUUUUAUUUAAUCUAUGAUCCGUAUAAUAUAAAUUUAACGUUUCCAAAAUUUAUCUCUGACAUUUUAUUAAAUUUACCGUUAAGUUUAUUAGCGAUUGCAUUUGCAACGUUAAUAUGUUAUCUAUUAAAACGAACGUUAAAUAAAACAAAUUUCAAAAUGAAACCAAUAUUUGUUAUAAUAUUUUCAUUUUUACAUAUAUUUUUAUGUAUUACGCUACAUUUAUUGGAAAAUUUUGAUUUGUUAGGGAAAAAUAAUAUUUUAAGUUUAGUUUGCCAAUUUAUUUAUGUUUUAUUAUGUUUAUUACUUGGAUUUAGUUAUUUGUAUUUAUAUAAAAUUAUUAAACAAGUUUUGUCCAAAAAAUCACAAAAUUUCUCUGAAUUAAGUGUACAAAAUUUAAGUUAUGCCACACAUAUAACAAUCGCCGUUGCAUUGUUGUUCAUAUUAAUGUCUAUUUUACAAAUUUACGGUAUAUUUACAAACAUACAUGAACGAUUUUCAAAUAUACCGCCAUUUAAAUGGUUAGCAUGGGGUUUUCAAUUUUCAAUACGAUUAAUUGAAAUCGCAAUAAUUGCAUUAUUGAGUUGGGUGGUUAGUUUAAAAUUAUCGAUACGUGAGAAAAAUAUUGAUAACAAUAUCUCCUCCGGUUUUGCGUUAUUCCCGUGUGCGAACUCGAAUUCCACGGUCGAUAAUGAAAUAUAUCCAGCGAUUUGUCAAACAAAUCAAAAUGUCCAUAACUUUACACUUCGUUCGGGGAAAAGUCUCUAUGAUGAUAACUAUCCGUUAGGAAACAUGGAUGGUAUACCAAAUGAGAUAAUUGGACGACCUAAUUUGGGUAAUGCAGUGACAACUAACACAGUUGGAGCAUCGGAUUCGACGUUUGAACGAGGUGUGAAUAAUUUCGAACGAGGAUCAAAGAAUAAUUUUGAUCAACGUCCACAUCCUUAUCCCGAUUGUCAUCAUAUGAAUAAUUUCGAACAUAAAGCGAAUAAUUUUGAACGAUCGAAUUAUGAACGGAAUUCAGGGAGUAAAAUCGCAGCUCCUGUACAUAAUUUUGAUCGUCAAUAUACAAGUCGUGGCGAUUUAUCUUCGUCCCAAGAUAUUAACUGUUUUGAUAAUCGUUAUUUAGACGAAACAUCACAUCAUGAAGAUCAUUACGAGAAUCCCGACCUAGAAUUGGAAAGUUUAACACGUAAAUCGAAGCGAGGAUAUGAUAGAUAUAAUUCGCAUGCUGAUAGAGGAGAUAAUUCGGAUGCAUGUAGUGUGAAUUCGUAUCAUUCGAACAUUCAACAAAAACGAUCGUAUAUUACAAAUCCCGAUAACGAUCAAGGAGUUUAUAAUGAACCGGUUGAUCAUCAAGGUGGGAAUAGUAGCGGGGCUGAAUAUGGUUUCCAAAAAUAUGAGCGAGCAAAUUUUGAACGUCCUAGUUCACGUUCAAAUUCCAGUUAUAGUUCAAAACAUUUAAAUCGAUCCGAUAAACGUUCAAACAGUUCCAGUUCUGGUAAUUCUGGUACAUUUGAACGACGCUCAAUGCGUAAAUCUGGUACGCUUAAUGAUUUUGGUAAUAAACGUGGUAUGCAUGCGGGUGGUAUGGAUAUACAUGGAGGUGCUAGUUCACAUGCUGGAUUUCGUAAUGGUAUACAAACAUUAAAUAGUGCUCAAAAAGUUCAUAGUUAUGGUAAAAGUUCUGGACAACGUAUUGUGAAUUUAAAUAAUGAUGAAUUAAGUGAUUCUAUGUUAGUGGACGAGAAUGGUUUUGUACGAUUCAGAAAUAUGGGUACGGAAAAUAAAAAAUUAGAACGAUCACGACGUUCUGAUUCGAAAAAUCAUAAUAAUUCAGAAUUUUCAAGUCAGAUGAAUGUUGGUUCAACGUUAUUUACAGAACUGGACAUUUCAAAACGAUGUUGGACACGCGAUCAGGUUGCAUUAUUGAGUUCAAGGCGAUCAUUUCAAAAUUUAUUACCUCACGAGGACGAUAUUGACAUCACAAAUGAAGAAUAUAUUCAACAUAUGUUUGAUUAUUUUUUAUUGGUUUUAGAAAAUGUUCGGAAUUCAUCAUAUGGGGAAACGAAACAUAUUCUUUUAGUUGCUUUAUCAGAUACGUUAGAUGUAUCGGAAAUGGUUAUACCUUUACCAUAUUUUGAUUCAAAAGAAAACCCCGUAGCAUUGGCCGUUCCAUUGAAGACAUCACCUGUCCGAAAUGUAGAAAGUAAAAACGGCGUAAUGUUAUUAGCGAAAUAUUAUAAUAUUGCAAUACAGUGUUUGGAAUCGAAGGGAAACGAAUCAUUAAUGGCACUACGUGCAUUUAAAGAAAGUUUUAAGAAGUUUUUAGAAAAAGAGGUAUUACCAAAAUUAUAUGAUGAAAAAUUUUAUUCAGUUUUUGGUGGAGUUUUUCGUAUUUUUAAAGACCUAAAAGUUCCAUUUACAACAAAACAAGGAUCUGGAGUUCGAAUUGACCCAAAACAAGUAUCUGACGACUUAAAAAAGUUAAUACCAAACAAAUAUGGCUUUAUUUUAAUUGUGAUUGGUUUGGCCGCUCUUAUCUGGUUCUGUAUAGGACUUGUUUAUUGCCUCAUAUGCAUGCGAUCCCUUAAAAAGGAAAAAAAACUUAAAAAGAAUGUAUAUACAAAAGAUAUACGUAGCGACAAUGAUCCGUAUGGGCCGAAAUCUAGGGAUGGAAAUAGUUCAGAAAAGAGUGCAAAAUCAUAUAUUUGUAUUAAGAAAAGCAUCAAUCAGAUACGAAGGAUAUUUUCUUCUCCAACCACAGAUAAAGAAGGUAAUAAAAAUAAAACAAAAUUUUCCACUAAAACUCAUAAGAAAGGAUGCAUACAAAAUUUUAACCAAAAUUCGGAAAAUUUAAUGGCUAGCAAAAGUUCUAUAGACACCAAAGAAAAAUGCAAGCCAAUAUUUAAUGAAAGUGAUUCUUGCUCCAGUAGCACCACUAGUUCUAAAUGCACCCAAAGUACUAAAAGUGCUAAUAGCCGAGAAAUUUUAGACACAUAUGUAUGCCAAAAACAUACAAACGACCUAAAGUCUGUUAGUUUUAGCCCAUCUUCACCAGAACCAAGAUAUUAUCCAGAAAAUGUUGGCAGUACUACCGCCUCUAAAGAAAGAAUUGCAAGAGCAUGUUUAAAUACAACGAAUUAUGGGACUUGUAACAGAGCUAUUUCAGAAGAAUCAACGACACUUACAGCUUAUCCUACAAAAAAUAAAGCAUGUGUAGAGCUUUCAAAAUCAAAAUCUAAACAUCCUUUUAAAUAUAAUUUCAAAUAUGAUUUAGAAAAUACUUCGAGUUCCGAAUCUUCACCAGGAGAUCAACUUUGGCCUUAUCCAGUAAGUAACUUGUCAAAUACGAGCAGAAUACAAGAGAAACGUAAAUGUUCAAUUACAAAACGUAAUAAUUAG